AUGAAGUUGUUUUGGUGUUUUUCUCUUCUUUGCUCCAAUUUUCUUUUGGUCGCCAGUUUCUGGGUAUUGUAUAUCAUUUUUAUUUCAAAAGUAGUGAUAAACUGUUAACUGCCUUUUGCAUACAAGCGGGAAAGAUAUACGUUGCGCAUAUAUAUAUAUAUAUAUAUAUAUAUAUAUAUAUAUAUAUAAAAGACAAACUUGAGUUACUUCGUUUACGUAUCGAGCACUCUAUUCGUAUGAUUCGACACUCAAUAUACUUAUUGACAUUCACCUAUAUAUAUAUAUAUAUAUAUAUAUAUAUAUAUAUAUAUAUAUAUAUAUAUAUAUAUAUAUAUAUAUAUAUAUAUAUAUAUAUAUAUAUAUAUGGCGCUCUUGUCGUAUAUAUAAUUUAUGUGUCCCACAUCCAUCAUCUCAUUGUUGGUUGUAUAAAUACUUUUCGGAUGAAAAGCUCACUAUCAGCUACACUGCGCUGACGAGCCCCAAAAGGGCGAAACAGCUGUCCGCAGUUGCUGGUAGUGAGCUUGGGGCACAAUUGCCUAUAGGCCUUUGCGCUGAUUUAAUUCUGUGACAUGCAGAAAUCAUGCGUAUUAGGUUGAAUGGCGCUCAUGUCGUAUAUAUAAUUUAUGUGUCCCACAUCCAUCAUCUCGUUGGUUGUAUAAAUACUUUUCGAAUGAAAAGCUCACUAUCAGCUACACUGCGCUGAACAGCUAAACAAUGAAGAAGGAUUGCACAGUUGAGAAAUGUGUUACAGUCCCAAACAUUUUGACGAAAUAAAGAUCUCUAUUCUCGGCAAAUUGUUCGUUUGGCAAAACGUCCGUCGCCAAAAUGUUCGUUAGACAAAAUGGCUAAUUCGGCAAAGUGACUUUCGGCAAAAUGUGGGCGCACAAGCGAAAGCAUGCGAAUAAAUACUUAAUGAAAAUUUGACGUGUGCUAAAAUCAACACUCUCUUGAUUUUUUGCUUGAACAAAGAGCCUUGUUCCUAAUUGCACAAUAUUUAUGUGAACAACUUGUCUUCUAUAUUUUUGGCAGCUUAACAAGAAAUAAUUGGCUUAAUUAUUAUCAAACUAACCAGGCGUAUUACCUGUUUUUGCCGAAAUGACCUUGCCACUUUUUCUGCCUUUCUCAAAAUUAAAACUUCCUAUUUCAUCAUUGCGCUCAUAACACUCGCCGAACAAGUAUAGCCAGCGUGGCCGGCUCUUCUAAUUAAGGAGGAUAAUUGAAGAAAGUGCCUGCCCGAAAGCCCAGGUAAAAAGAUCGCUCUCUGCAGGAAGCUGCCGUGAAUUGUGAUUGGCUGAAUCUAGGUUGACAACAUGUUACCCUGAGAGCAGAGCCUGAUUUCCCCUCUCGUAGAAAAUAAGGCUCUGCCGUUUUUGUGUUUUGUUCGUCCAAAAUUCUGGACGAAGUAAACCGGAAAUAAAGCAGUUCUAACCGGUUUUGAAUGCGCGCGCCUUCGUUUCGCGUCAUGACUACAACUUGAGCUCGCUAUAUACAGGGUGUAUAAAAAAACUGAACAGAUUUGAAAUUGCUCUCAAUUUCGCAAAACACCUAUUUGUGUCCGUUUUUAUAUAUAUAUAGCUUCUUUGGGUACUUAUAAUGUAGAAUAAUGAAAAAAAUUUCUCAAACUGAAAUUUUGUGAACCAGGCGGGUGUGUCUUUUCUUUUCCAACGAACUAAAAAUGGCUCGCGCACAAAAUUUAAAAGCUGUAAUCGUAUUUUGAGUUAAUAGGUGGAAACUUUGUUGGGUUCUUAAUUACUGUACAAAAUUUCAGACAAUUUGAUUUAGUUUAAGCCCUUUAACUAUUCAUUUUAUUAUAAAAAAAUCAGCCUUUCGCAUGCUUAAUUAAUGCCUUUACCUAAUUUGCAUACUGCUAACAUAUAGCAAAUCAGGCAAAGGCAUUAAUUAAGCAUGCAAAUAGCAACCUCGUUCCCAGAGCUUUUCCCUUUUUGUAUCUGCGAAGCAGAUAUAUUGCCAUCGUGCGCGUACCGGAAGUUUGUAAGCGUGCUCAUAGCGAAUCAACGACAGCGUAUAGAUGAAAUGACGUAAUGAUACUAAUUUCAAAAUGGCGGUUUAAUGAAGAGUGAAACAAAAGGUAAUUUGUGAAUUUACGAUUAAAAUUAUACAUCAAACGCAGUUUAAAACAACGUCAUUUUGCUAAUAUGAAUAUGGCAAAUGUCGAUACUGCAUUUUUGGCAAGCAUUUGAAGGGUUUCAUUUUUUAAUGUUUCUAUUAACUAUGAUUUAAUACGCAGUGGAAACGAAAUGAUUCGCAAUUUUUGACAAGAAAAUUAUUGAAUAUUAUGGCAUUGAGAAUACUGUUAUGCAACUAUGAAAGUAUUAAUGAUUCUUCCACAUGAUGCCGUUGUAGCUGUAUAUCGAGUUGUAAGUGUUGAUGUUUAUGUACUUCUCAAUUUCAUUGGUGACAUUAGUUAAUAUAAAUUAUAUUAGUUGAAUGAAACCAAUAGAAGGCUAUAUAAUUUCGUAAGGUUACAUAAUUUCUUUAUCAAUGAUCAUAACUAUAGACAAUUGGUGUCUGCUUUCAUUACAGACAAGCAGACUUCGAUAGAUCAUUUUUAUACAAAUUUAGCAGAGUCAGAAGCUAUAAAUUCACACAUAUUGGAAACAUUUCUCUUAAUAAAGCACUUUAUAGCAAUAUGUGUCAUUGAAAAAUUGCUUUCAUUAAAGCAAAGCCAAAGUACAGGUAAUAGUGGCUGCAUAAAGAGCAGAGAUUCAGUUUUAGAUUGGAAUAUCAAUACUUAUGGUAACAGUUGCAACGAGUCAUGAUUAUCAACAUGCAGUAUAUAACUAUAUAUCCUGGAGGGGGUGCUCCAUUCUUCAUCCACCCUGAUUUCUGCAACUGAAUGCCAUUGCCCAGAACACCAAGUAAGCAAUUUAUAUCCCCCUUCACCUAUCCCAUACUAUAUUGUCUUAUAAUCAACAACAACCAUAUGUCAUAAUGGGAUCUUACUCAUAUAGCACACAAUGUACAAACUAACAUAAUAUUCUGUUUAGUGGAUUUUCUUCCACGACAAUAUAUUAUUGCAUGGAUCUGGUAUGCUGAAUUAUAUCAUUCUAUUCAAGAACUAUAUGCAUCGAUUAUACUUCUAAUUUCCAUACUUGUUGCUGAUGAAUGACUUUCAAUAUAUGACCUAUUUGAUAUAUUUACUAGGCAUAAACAGUUGAUUUGUGUGCCAUCAACCCUGACUAUGGUAUAAAAAUGCUUUCAAUUAUGGUAUAAAAAGGCUUUCAAAACUCUGCAAAUGUAUAUUGGCACCACCUGUUAUCCUGACAACUUCUAUGCAUCUACAACAUUCUCGCAUGCCUGCUAAAGUUUAUUAUGAACUAUCAAGAAGAUUUGGAACCCGAAAUGUUUUAACAAGAACACAGGGAUGAAUUUACUGGGGGAGGGGGGGAGGGGUGCGGAGGGUGUGCACCCUCCCCCUAGCCCUGGCCAGAGUGGUGCAGGAAGGGGUCUUAUUUUUCAUGAUAAGCAAAAAUUAUUAGAGACAGAAUGAGAUACAGAAUCGAAAUUUGAGUAAUAAUAUGAUGAUAGGCGAACUGUGAACAACAAUUACAAUUCAAAUACUGUAGUCAAGCAAGACUUUGCAAUAGUGGAGCAAGUUUAUGGGUGGGAGGCACACAUGAACGACACAACUUGGCACCAGAGCGGGCAGAGCACUCCCCCCCCCGCCCUCCCCCUAUCAGAUCAUGCUGGACCCAUUCCUGCAAGAACAUUAUAAAACAAAGAUGAUUCAACAAGUACAUCAUAAAAUUGAAUAUUAUUUUUGUGAAGAUAUGGCCGGAUUUAGUUUCUGCAAGUUGAAUAUAUAUCAGCCAUUUUAUUUUUCUUUCAUCUGACAUACUAUAAAUCUAACUUUAUUUAACUGGUCAACUGUUAAACAUCAGUCCCUUAAAAUUUUUUACAAGCUAUUGAGUGUUGAUUGAAGCCCUUGGCAACAGUGCAAUCACCAUGAGCAGCUACAUGUACGCUUAGCGUACCUAUUUUUGUCAUUGGGAAGGCGGGAAAAGGCCCUGGCACCGGCCGGUCACAUGACUUUCAACAUCCGGAUAUAGUGGGUGUAAUAAAUUAAAUUGUUAUUUAGCUAGCGUGAACACCAAACGUGAUUGGCUGAUUUGUAAUCACGUGACUUCAGAUAAAUGCAAUGUUUCCCGCCGGGCAACAAGUGAAAAAUUGUUGCCCGCCCCGACCGGCCACGUAGAUAAAUAAACAAAAUGGUGGCACAACUACGAAAAUUAGAAACUACGAUUUUCCAAUGUUGGGUUCAAAUAAAGAAUGUAAAAGGGAAGAAAAAUACAGAACAGGAAACAGGAUAUGCUGCCGAAACGGUUUAAGUAGGUUCUUUAAUUUUAAACUCGUUUACUCUAUAGAGUUUUUGCCACGAAAAACAAUUGUUGUAUAUGAAUGUUGUUGAAGUUGAUUUUUGUUCGUCGCCAUAUAACAAAAACACUUAAUGUCUGUUCCCUCGGGAAAUAGUUAGUUUUGUUUUCCCUCGAAUCUCAAUGUUUCCCUCGACUUCGUCUCGGGAAACAUUGAGACUCGGGAAAACAAAACUAACUAACUAUUUCCCUCGGGAGCAGACAUUAAGUGUAUAAUAAUAAUGAAUUAGAAAAUCCAAGAUGGCCGCCAACAUAAGAGUGUCCACAAAAUUUAAGUGCUUAGAGCGGCUUAAAAAUGCGUUUAGUCUUUGAAAUUUUUCCUUCUUUUUGCUAUCGACGUACUCGAAAUCAAAUUUUUCAGCUUUUAUUACAUGGGAACUAUGUAGUUGCUGUUCUUCCAACUGGGUUUGGUAAAUAUCGUUCGUUCGCUAAACAACAUUUACAGCCAAUUGAGCCAAAAUGAUUACGACAGAUGCUCUCCAGCUGGACAGGCUUGCCUAAGAGGACACGGAAAGUGUUUUGAACUUGGGAUGUUAAACUUGGUUUUACCCUUCCAAAGACUCUGCUUUGCGACGAUUGGAGCGAGUUUAUGAGGAAUAUUUUUACAGUGAUUCAAAGAAAUGUUUUUGCAUAUACUGUAUAUGUUGUUGAUCUAUUGUUGAAUGUCACUUAUAUUAUAAAGUGCCAAUGGUUGGAAUAUUUAAUCAUUGAUAUUUUAAACACAGAUGAAGUGUUAUAUGCUCUUUCCUUGUUUACAUUUUCCUUGCAGCCAAAUGUUGUUGAAGCAGGCAAGCUGCAAAACUGACAUAUGAGUGAUAUGACCCAAAUAUUGGAUAUACAUCUUAGUUUGCUUCCAGUAAAAUGUAAACAAGACCUUAAGAAUUCUAUAUGAGAUAAGAAAUAUUACGUUUAAAAUCAUGAUUGGCAAAUUAGCAUGUGCGAAUUGAUGCUUCCUAAUAAUAGUAUGUACUCCAGUAAAGCUUGCUUCCUUCAAUUCUUGCUGUUACCAUCUGCACAUUAUCAGGGUGGAGAGUUGAUUUGAAUUAUUUGUCCCAGGGGAUAAAGGUAGGAAACAGAUUUCCAUAACAAAAGGGGCACGGUGCCCAACCACUUAGAAGAUGGCAUGUACUUUAAAUGACCAUUCAUUAUACCCCAGGGUGGGAGAUUCUUAUGCCAAAAUGUUAUAGGCCCCUUUUUAAUCUCUUAAUUUAAUAAUGGAGACCCCUCCUAAAUAUUUAAAGUCUUAAUAAUAUAACAUGAUGCAAUUCUAAUCUUCAUUCAUGUGAAUGCCUGACUAUGAAGAAAAUAAAUUUUGCAACACAGGGAUGGAUCCAGCAUGUUCUGGUAGGGGGGGGGGGUGCUCUGCCAGCUCUGGUGCCAAGUUAUGUCGGUCAUGUGUGCCGCCCACCCAUCAAUUUGCUUCACUACUGCAAAAUUUUGCUUUACUACUGUAUUUGAAUUGUAAUUGUUGUUCACAGCUCACUUGUCAUCAUGUUAUUACUCAAAUUACUGAAUCUCAUUUUGCCUGUAAUAAUUUUUUGCUUUAUCAUGAAAAAUAGUCCCCCCCCCCUGGCCAGGGCUAGGGGUGCACCCCCCAGUAAAUCCAUCCCUGUUGCAACAUACACUAUAAGAGCUAGAAUAAUUGCUUUCUUUGGAUGAUUUGUCUUAGAAUUAUACUACCUAUGUUACAACAAUUCUCCCUAUUCUGAAACCAGUUGCUAUUCUGUUUUUUACAACACUCACCGCCCCCCUCACCACAAAAAAACUCAACAAAUUAAGGACCACCUCCAAGGCAAUUUUGCCAGCAAAAUAAAUUUAAUUUGAUGGUAAGUGUUCUGAGAAAAUAUUAACUCACUGAGUGGCAGCAUUCUGCCCAGACUUGCCACAAGUCGACCUCGAACGAAACGCAAGCAACAAAUGUGAGCCAACGUUUCAUUCGAGGUCGACUUGUGGCAAGUCUACAUUCUGCCCUUGAGUAAAAUUGUCUGGCACCAGACGGAGUAAUAUACUAAAGUAGGGCCCACUGCCACUAUAAAGGGUUAAACAAAUUUAAAAAAAAUUGCAAUGGUCUAUAUUCAAAAAUCUAUUUGUAAAUUUUAAUUUACUUUUAUAUACCUACUUAUACUUAUAGCUACCUUGCCCCAGUCACUUCAAGUAGUUCUACAGGAGGAGGGGGACAUUGAAAAUCCCUGGGUUUACUUGGUAAAAGCAAGAAUUGAACCAUGCAUUACAUGUAUAUGGAGAGCAGUUUUAAAUAUAUUUUAUCAUGCAAAUACCUUGAUAAUUGUUCUUAAACCUCUUUGGCUUAGAAUGGGUACACCCUCCAAAGGUGUUUAUUUACAUGGUCCAAAGAUGUAAAUAUACACUGUCCAAGGUGUUAAUAUAAACAACAAAACAAUGUAUAUAAUUAAAUUUUACUAAAUAAAAUGUGGAAUAUUUUACAAAUUGCAUUACCAUCCCAAAGUGUACAUAAUUUAUCAAUAUAAUUAGGACUUAAAAGCUGUUCACAUGGGUUUGACUCUGACCCAGCACCCUUGGCUAGCUCCCCUUGCCUGAUUACAAGUAGAAAACCUCCAACUCCCCUCUGACAAAUCAGUCCAGAUCUGCCAAAGAGGCAGGAUUUCCUGGAAUAUUAUUAGCAGUGAAAUUGUUGCAUAUUUUCAAGCAUGCAUUGUAACCUGAUUUUAAAGCCUGUUUGAACAUCAGACAUUGUGGCAAUGGCAGGAUGGUCCAGCCAUGUGAAUACAAUUUUAAAAUAUCAAAAACAAUGCAAUUUAAGGUCAGACAGCCCAACUCCUGCGAACAGCCCUUUAUUACACAUUCGAAGCAUCAAAGUACAUGCAGGCACAUGGAAUUACAUACGAGUAUGUGACAUAUAAGCCCACCAUUCACAACUUUGUCUGCAACAAUGCAAGUACAAUCAAGCUGGAAACGGAUUUUAUUAGUAUUUUGAUAUAUACAUUAUGGAUCAUGUCUAAAGACACCUGCACUUUCAUAUUGAAAUUGUUCUAAUAUCAUCCAAACAAAACACAUAAAAAAACUGUAACAUCAGCCAAAUGAGCAAAUCACUUUUUUAACACAAUUUAUGGUAAAAUGAAGCAACAUGUAAUAAGUGGUAACAAAACUAAAUCACAUGCUAGAAGUUACUAUCGCAAGGAGAGUGCUGCCUCAUCCCCAAUGGAUCAAAGCCAGCAUGUACAAUUUGCUGAAUAAGGGGAUGUUUAUAUGAUCCUGCUUUACCAGGACGAGAUACGAGGCAGGGUGAUUUCGAUGUAUUGAAAUAAGUCAUGGUCUACAACAUUUCAGUUCUGUUAACCAGCAUUUGAACUUUCAUUUGGCCUAGUGACUUAUUUCAAUAUUCAAAAUCAUCCCACCUUCCAUCAUGUAAACAGCCCCAAAGACCUGUUCAUGGGGUAGGAAAAGUGCAUUUUGAAUACCAAACACCUUGCACAAUGUUGAAGGUCAGCUAAAUAUUCUAUUUCUACUUUGUUGGCAUGGUACCGGUGAUUUUAUAUGAAUACCUGCAAUGCUAAUAGCUUCUUGCUUUUGUAUGUAUAAUUAUAAUACUGUCAGUGCUGAAGCAAGCCAUAGCAACAGGUCAUGCUAUGCAAGUUUUUAAUUAUUUGCAUUGUAGGUUUAUUAGCGUAUGAUAGCAUGACCAGUUGCCAUGGCUAGCUUGCCAUUGAAUACUGUACAAUAUCAUAUAUGUAUAAACAAUAAUAAUACUUGAAUGAAUCAUUGGACAUGUAGAAUUUAAUAACAAUUUCAUAUAUAGAAGUAAGUCAGUUUUUGUCCCAAUUAUCAUUUUAAUGGCACCUUAUUCAAGGCAACGUUCACAGAACAACUGAAUAAUCUGCUGAUGGGGAGACAAAAUCUAUUUGUUGACAUUUUUGUUUAAUACGUCUGCUUCAGAUGACACAAUUCAUUUGUAAUGACUAAGAUUGUGCUCAGUCAGAACUGCAAAGCUAUAUAAUAGGAAAGAAUUUGUUAGCAUUAUUGAAAAAUAUAGUGUACCAUGAAAUGUAUAGUGACACAGGCACACAACCAGGGUGAAUAUAUGAAUAUAGGCCGGUAGGAUUAUUUCAUAUUUAUGCUAAUAACAAUGGACAUAUUUCGGAGAUAUAUUUUUACAGACCUAGGCCAUACCUUGUACAAAAAUCGCUUGACAUGUUCUAUUAAUACAUGCAUGCAUGUAGGCUAUUAAACUGCUGGUAAGCAGACAACAAUCCACAUUGUCGUCUGUCGCUUGCUAUAGGAAAUAUCUUUACAUUACAAAAUAUACACAACAUUAGCCCACAUUAGAGACGGACAAGUCGUCUAGACGAACAAAUCGUCUCUCAAAAAUCGUCUUCACAGACGGACAAGCAGUCGACCAAAUUCAGACGACUUGUUCGUCUAACAUAAUUUUGUCCGACACGUUUUCACAUCUGAUGAUUUGUUCGACUAAAAGACGAUUUUGAGACGAUUUGUUCGUCUAGACGACUUGUCCGUCUUCUAAUGUGAAAACGGCUAUUCAGUGUUUGUUUUUAAAACGUUCUGAAAGCAAAUUGCUAUGUCAAUGAACAUCUAAAAUGAACACUAAACUCAUCGCCUUGGCACAUCGCCACACAAACAAAUAUAAAACCAAAAGUACAUCAUCUUGACUCCUAAAUAUAUUAAAAAGACGAUCUAUUGUUUCAAAUACCUCAUAUCGAAUGCUAAACAUUCGAUCUAAAUAUAAAUGCCUUCAUGUAAUAUCACCAGAAAGAAAUAUAUAAAGCUAUCCUUACCUGAAUUUAUUCGAAAUAUUGUCGAUUUGUGAAAAUCCAACAUAUAUCAUGCGAGCGCAAUACAAAAUAAAUUUUGACCGCCCCCCCUCGUUUAAAAAAACUUCCUGAAGCCUUAAUUAUUUCCCCGGAAUUACGACAUAUUUAUAAACAGACAAACACAAAUUAUAACUCGGCCAAAGAGACUGGACACAAAUAAACACAGACACGCAAUACUUCAUGUUAAGAAUAGUGUGCAGCAAUUAUUCAAAAUUUGUAAACACUGUUGCAUAUAUGAUAUAACAAAAUAUCGUCGCAUUUCUAGUGGUAACUAAUUAUAAAUUAGGCCAGUUUAAACUCGACUAUGAAGAAUAUCAAAAACUAAAGGUUAUGUUUCAGUUUUAUAUAAACCCAGACUUUAGUUUUAUAUAUUUAAACAUUUAAUAACGCUAUACGAAGCCAAUUAUGAAGGCACAUUUUGCCCUAAAUACUCGGUCAGAGCCUCAGAGGUGUGUUCUAGUACACAAUUAAUCUUCUCUCACAGAUUAAAACAAACAAUAAUACUAACCAUCAACAAAUUGUGUAUAAAUCUUAUCGAAUUUAACCAUUUUGCCACAGAUUUUGCCAAAAAUAUUUCUUAGACGGACAAAGUAUUAAUAAUGGACACUCCUUGCGUGAAAAUGUUAAUUUAUCCCAAAGUUUGAAUAAAUUAACCCAAGAUUGCAUUAUUUGCAUAAUAAUGUUCUUGUCAUUGACCAAUCAGAAUACAUAGAAGACCGGCCGGUGCCAGGGCCUUUUCAUGCCUUCCCAAUGACAAAAAUAGGUACGCAGUGCGUACAUGUUGCAUGCCCUCUUUCUUCUGCAGAGGCUUUAGUUGCAUUUCCUUCCCUUCACCCUUUUCCGCCCGCGCUCCUUCACCCAGUGGCUCCGCCCGUGUUCCGAGAUCCGCCAUGUAAAGUGUAGUGAAAUGUAUCUCAUCGUGAUAAAUCGUAGGACAACUAAAGCACAGAAUAGAGAAUGGACCAGAAGUGUCACUCGACGAGUGCUGAUGUGAAAUACGCCAUCAUAUGACGCCAUCCUGGAGUGCACCACAGAAGUUUUUCAUGGGUACAAACAUAGGUACAAAGUGCUGUGUGCACUCCAGGAUGGCUUCAUAGCACAUAAAAAAUUUCGGAUGUUUUUCCCAAGCCAAAACACAUUACACAUAGGAGUGUCCCUUCUGGUCUAGUAUCUAUUCUGUGACUAAAGCCUUCAGACCGAUUUCCAUUCAGUGCAAAAUAUCGCAAGAUCAACUUUUUCCGAUCACUUUCUUUUGAAACACGUUCAGUCAACCUGACCGCUGCGUUUGAUUGCUUGUAUUUCAGUAACCUGAGUAUCAGGCCCUCGGUAUUAGUAUUUCAGAAGAAAUUGAUCGCAAAAUGUCGAUCGCGCGACAUUUUGCACUGAGUGGAAAUCCACCUUUAUGGUGCGCAAGCGCUUAUAAAUUUUGGUACAACUGGCCUGAAACUUAACAUAUUGAUUCAAUAAAUUUAACAUCAAUAUAUUUAUUGAAAAAUAGCUAUUAUGUCAAAAUAACAAACCUUUUUCAAACUUUUCGCGACUGUUCAUCUGUAGUUGCAAGGGACGGUAAUAUCAAGGUCAACAGGUCAAGGUUUUAUCACUGAUUGACUAUUCGAAGUAAACAAUGUUUAUAUUUUCCUAAAAAUUUAGCUUUAUUCUGGCUUACUGAAAGUAUAAAAAACCGUGGAAACCGUGAAUUAGUAUAAUGAUUGAAAAUAAUUAUUAAACUAUGAUCUCGACUAUGAUUGAAAUUAUCGAAGUAGAAUGCUAUUUCGUUGUAUUAAAUUUCAGUAGACAAUAGUUCAUGUUAAUAUUUACAAAAUGUGAUGUAGUUUUGAAAUUUGAAGUUGUACACACAAUAUAAUCAGUGCUAGCACAAUGGCUUCGUUUCAAUUUGGGCAUAUAAAAAAUUAAAAUUUUGACAGCGUGGCCUUUCACAAACAUAAACGCCUGAUAAUGCCGAUAAUUGAUAAAUAAAUAUCAGUGCCAGCACAACGGCACCAAAAUAAUAACAAAUAACAGAAUAUAAGCUAAAUUAAAAACAACAAAGCUUUACCUACCUCGAUCUAUUUUUCUAUUAAAGGCCUUAAAUUCCGUAAAGAAUAUUUUCUUUGCGUUUCCUCGACGAAAGCCGUGAACAAAAGCGUGCAUAUUACCUAAAGGUAAUCGCUAGAUAGUAUACUUCAAAAUAAGGUUUCCGUUUUUAUAACGUAGUAAAAACUAUCCUAACGCAAAACUAAACCCUAACCCUAAUACUAACCCUCACCCUAACCCCAACCUAACCCUAACCCUAACCCUAACCUAAACCCUAACCUAACUCUAACUUAUUUUAAUUAUUUUAAAAAUUAAUAAAAAAACGGAAAUCUUAUUUUGAAGUAUACUAUCUAGCAAUUGCCAUUACCUAAAGUUUCACUCAUCACAUGAAAAUGCUCGUCGGACUGACUCGGUAUUUGUCGUAUUUUACGAAUCUGUCACGUGAUUUACCACCGCCCGUACGCACACCGCGACACGAAAUUUAGAGCUAUAUGAAAGUUGCAUGCCCAUAUAUGGGCAUGCAACAAAAAGGGAAAAGCCCUAGGAAUGAGGUUGUGCAAAUAGCUGAUCUUUAAUUUAGAAAAAACGUAACUUUGCGUGAAUAGUAAAAGGGCUUAAACUAAACCAAAUUGUUCGAAAUUUUGUACAGUAAUUAAAAACUCGACAAAUUUUCCAUCUAUUAACUCAAAAUACGAUUACAACUUUUAAAUUUUGUGCGCGAGCCAGUUUUAGUUUGUUGGAAAAGACCCCUGGUUCACAAAACUUGAGUUCAAGAAAAUUUUUUCGUUAUUCUACAUUAUAGGUACCCAAAGAAGCUAUAUAUAUAAAAAAACCGGAUACAAGUAGGUGUUUUGCGAAAUUGAGAGCAAUUUCAAAUCUGUUCAGUUUUUUUUUAUACACCCUGUAUAUUUACAAAAUUUAAAACUUUAUACUUUAUACUGAACCGAAAUUUGGCUGACAGUAACUUAAAUAUACUGAAAAGUAACGUAGGAUAAAAUAAACUAGCAAGUUAGCAAAUGUAAAAAUAUAGUAAUAGUUUGAUUUCACAACUGACAAUGUUUUUGUACUGUUUAUAUUGUCGUAAUUGUACAGCACAUGCAAUUACACGCGCCCAGCAUGUAGCGAUUAGCUGCAUGCGAUUGGUUCUCUAAAUUUAGCAAUCAUUCUAAAAAUACAAGUGAUAUUUGACAUGUUUUGACAUAAUACUGGAAGCAGAGCAUGCGCGACACAAAUUAAACACAAAAACGGCAGAGCCUUAUUUUCUAUGCGAGGGAAAAUCAGCCUCUGCUCUCAGGGUAACAACAUGUAAGCUAAUUUUAAUAAAAAAAUUAAAUAAUCACAACAAAAAUAAACUGCAUCGCACACACUAAUACAUUGCUCUGUCAUAAGAGUGUAACCCUUCAAGUCGGCUAAAAUAUAAAUAUUCAAAGGGCAAAGUGUAAAAUGUAUAACAGAUACAAGUAUUUAAACAUGCAGAAUAAGGCAAGGCGUGCUGUAUGUGUCGUAUUAUUUUACCGUAUCUCCAUUGCAAAGUACAGACCCUUGCCUUGUUUACUUUUUCCUGGCAGUCAAAUUAUGAUUAUGCAAACGUUAGAAUACUUUCCCUAUUGUGUUUCGACAAAUCAUAUCAUAAUAACACGAAUUAAGCACUGGACUGGACUUUGGACUUUGGACUAUGGACUUUGGACUAUGGACUUUGGACUAUGGACUUUGGACUAUGGACCUUGGACUAUGGACUUUGGACUAUGGAGUUUGGACUUUGGACUAUGGACUUUGGACUUUGGACUUUCGAUUUUGAAAUUAUAUUAUUUUUUACAUUUUCGUAUAAUUAUAGACCUAUUGCACACGAACGACGUCACAGCGCCGGUGACGACGAAUCUGGAGGACAAAUUAGCAAUCUUUGCAUUAUAUAACUUUUGUAAACAAAGCAAAUUUUGUAAAAUUUUAUAAUAAUUUUGUAUUAAAAUGGUAAAUUUUUGCGCUGUAUGUGGUUGUUGUACCCGAACAUAUAUUGUUGGGGAGCAUCUUGAGGACACUCCAAGGAUUUGUGACGUCAGUGCAAUGGUUCUAUAUUAAAAUCUAAACAGAGAACGAAAAUUUGCUGCUGAAAAGCGUGCUCAUAGUACACUGCAUGCACAUGCAUGAUAUAAUAUACAAGGUAAAAAGAACUCAGUAUCAGUUAUAUAUGCAGCAGUGCAAUUUCAUACGGAUAUAUAGCCUGCAAGAUAGCAGGAUUAUUCAACAUUUUGGGAGUUAAUAUUUAAAUUUUAUAUAAUAUUUGUAUUUACAGUAUCCAUAGACCAUAGUACAGUUUAUGCUGCAGAACUUCUUCUUUAAUAUAUAGCUUAGAUAAUAGAUUAACUUCAGAAACAAUUGUGACAAAAGUGUCUCGGCAAAUACAAAAUAUUAACUAUACAAGCGAUUAUUAUUGCGCCUAUUGAAUAUUGUAUUAGCCUAUGUAUCUAUUGACUGUUCAUCUUUGAAUAAUAGUUUAUACUAGUACUGUAUUUUGUAAUUGUUUACUCCGUUACACGGUAACGUUUUGUUAAUGUUACAUAUUUUUGAAAGACAUUCUAUAGGUAGCUAUCCUUAUCACUAAGACUAAGUGCUUCAGUUAUUAUUAAUAAAUGUUAGUAGAUGGACAGGAAUAUUCGAACGGAAAUCUACACACUUUCUAAGACCUACUCAGUUGUGUGUGAGAAGGCAAAAAUCUAUGUCUAUGUGCUUCAGGUAGUCUAGCAACUCAGUAUUUUCCACGUUUACUGUAAUACUACCACUUGCAAGUGAUGAACCAGGCGGGAAUCGUAAUCGUAGUAUAAAGAUUAAUGACCAGCAUAACGUACGCAAAAGAGCCAUAUAGCCAAUAAUAUAGACAUAAAUAGUAGGCCUAUAUAAAGUAAUACUAUAUACAUAAAGUAAUCAGUAGUACCAAUUAAUGUAUCAUACAUUCAAUUCGUAUUUUAUAAAAUAUGACGACUAUGACAACAAGGGCAGAUUUCGUUCUAAGCCAAUCAGCGCAUUUGUUUACAUUUUCGUUCUCGACCAAUCAGAAUGCUUAAAAUUUAAAAACGUAAACAAAUAGAGUGAGAAAAUAUUAUCGUAAUCUAAGGCUUCCGUGAGCUACAAUAUAAACUUUUUUUACCCAAAACCGAAAGAUUCUAACAGAAAAUACAUAUAUCUUGAAUUUUGUCGUGGGACUUUUUAAAUUUCGACACAGAACGCGAAAUAUCGAUGUUUGAAUUACCGCCGUGAUUGCGCUCUGUAGCCGCAUCAUAUCGUCAAAACCAAUCGAAAUAACGCUGUUUUCAUUGGGAAGAUUUUGUAGUUUUUCUUCGUUUUAUACUGCAUGCAUAUUCUGGUAUAAUUUACUGUACUGUACCUCUGAUCGUGUUGUCAGAAAUACGUCAAAAAGUUAUAUUGGGCGGUGAUCAUUGGGCGGUGAUAAAGUGCAAUUUCAUAUCCGGUUUCUUGUUCGCUCUCGAUGUAUGCGCUUGUUCUUCGAUCUGUUUGAUUAUUUUGUCCAUAAAUACAGUAUGUGCUUGUUUGUUUUAAACAAUUUUCAACGAGGAAACAUCGAAACAGCACCUAUAGACAAAGUGACAGUGCAAAUAGAUGGAACCAUUUUGCUACAGCACCGCAGUGUUUAUCUUGGUGUCAAUGACGUUUCCAAUGUCGGAUUCCUUGCAGCAAUGUAUCGAUUGUCCUUUCGUUUUCUCCAUCUUCUGGCUGGAUCUCGUGCUCAUCAUCAUCGUCGUCUACUUCGCUUUCGUCGUCGCUUUCAAUGUCUUCUGCCUCGUCUUCGUUCUCCUAAAAAUUCGCUAUCAGAUCGUGGUUGAAGACAGCCUCGUUCACUACCUUGCAAGGACCUCGAGCUUUGUCAGCAAUGUCGACUGACAAAUAUGGCAAACACUUAUGUCAGGCAAAACACAUUCAAUGUGGAAAGAAUGACUACAACUACGAAAUAUUUUCCACAAGGGGCUUUCUUUCUCGCAUUCAGGUAAUUAAUUCGCAUUUUCUAAGACGUAAAUAAAGCAAAAGUAAGUUACUUGUAACCUAUUUAUAGAUAGACUGUCUGUCCGAAUUGCUUUUUUUGUUUUUUAGGUCUUUGUUUCAAGAAUUAUAAAUGUUUGCUUGUAGGACGUAGGUCCCUUUCUUUCAUUUUGUAUGGUAUUAAUGAAAUUUUCUAUAAAUCCUUCAAUUUUUACAUACACUUUGCAUGGUGUGUUCUAAAAAUCUAAAAUUGGAACAAUAUAAUUAGAAUAAUUUGGGUACAUUUUCAAACAGUCUUUUAUUUUGUAACAAAUACUAUAUUUUUAUGUUAUAUUUUCAGUUAAUUUUUUCUUGAAUGUGGAAAAUGGUUAAAUAAGAAGGAUAAGUAAUGUUAAUUUUGUAUGUUUGAGUUUAACCAUUGACCGGCCAUCAAGUGCCAGCGCUCUCCCCUUGACGAGUGAAAUUGUCUGGCAUUAGACAGAGUAAAAUACUAAAGUAGGGCGCAUCGGGGUGCAAUGCGACUCAAUGGGUUAACUAGACACACAGGCAGAUAGGCCAGUUAACCCAUUAAGAGACAGCGCUCUCCCCUUGACGAGUAAAAUCGUCUGGCGUUAGACAGAGCAAAAUAAUCUGGUGUUAGACAGAGUAAAAUACUAAAGUAGGGCGCAUCGGGGUGCAAUGCGACUCAAUGGGUUAAACCACAAUAAAAUGCACUGCUGUCAGACAAUUUUACUCAACAUCUAGGUGAAAGUCUUGUGGUUUAAUGGGUUAACCAAACAAUCUACGCACCCUACUUUAUUAUUUUACUAUGUCUAAUACCAGACGAUCUUACUCGUUAGAGGGAGAGUGUUGCACUUUAAUUUUGUUUGACAGCAUUCACAACCAGAUACUGUGAGCAUGCCCCCCCCCCCAACCCUGUUUCAACACUGGCAAGAAAAUACCCACUCCAUGUUUGAAACCGUGCGACAGUAUAUUGUGGCAUUCGAUUAAUAUCCCGUCGAAAAUUUCCACUCAGUCCUAAGAGCAAGAACAAAAGAAACAGAUUUAGCUGACCAGAUUGCAUUCAAAGCAAAAGAGAUUGAUGCAUGCAAGCAUAAACUGCAUUCUUUUAAGUCUGUCUUUGUGCCAAUUAAGAUAUUCAACUACAACUCAAAGAGAAUUAUAAUAAUACGUUGAAGGCAAAGGCUGAAAAAUUUCUUUGAAUCCCAAAUGACCACCCUAACAUGGCAACCCCGAGUUCGACGGCAACCCAAAUAUCCAGAUCUGACCAAAUGGAAACUGCCAACUCUAUUUGGAGAAAAAAUUGUGAACAAUCAUGUCCUGCCACUAGGCUUUACUUCUGUUCAACAAGCUCCAAAUCCGAACAGGUAAAGGCAAAAACAUUAUUAUAUGGAAUAUGGCGGGGGGGGGGACAUUCUCACAGUAUUCUGUUUAUGAAUGCUGUCAAACAAAAUUAAAGUGCAACUCUCUCCACUUGACGAGUAAGAUCGUCUGGUGUCAGACAUAAUACAGUAGGGUGCAUUGUAUCUUAAUGGGUUAACAAAACAUACUGGCAGAUUGUUUGGUUAACCCAUUAAACCACAAGACUUUCACCUAGAUGUCGAGUACAAUUGUCUGACAGCAGUGCAUGUUAUUGUGGUUUAAUGGUUAAACUCAAACAUACACAAUUAACAUUAUAUCUACUUAUCCUUCUUAUUUAACCAUUUUCCACAUUCAAAGGGGAAUUACAUAAAAAUAUAGUACUUGUUACAAAAUAAAAGAAUGUUUGAAAAUGUACCCAAAUUAUUCUAAUUAUAUUGUUCCAAUUUUAGAUUUUUAGAAAACACUAUGCAAGGUGUAUGUAAAAACUGAAGGAUUGAUAAAAAAUUUCAUUAAUUCCAUACAAAAUGAAAGAAAAGGGACCUACAAACAGACAUUUAAAAUUCUUGAAACAAAGAUUCGGACAGACAGUCUAAAUAGUUACAAGUAUUAACUUACUUUAAUUUACGUCAUAGAAAAUGCGAUUUACCUGAAUGCGAGAAAGAAAGUCCCUUGUGGAAAGUAUUUCGUGGUUGUGGUCAUUCUUUCCACAUUGAAUGUGUUUUGCCUGACAUAAGUGUUUGCCAGAUUUGUCAGUCGACAUUGCUGACAAAGCUCGAGGUCCUUGCAAGGUAGCGAACGAGGCUGUUUUCAACCACGAUCUGAGAGCGACUUUGCAGGAGAACGAAGACGAGGCAGAAGACACAGAAAGCGACGAUGGAAGCGAAGCAGACGACGAUGAUGAUGAGCACGAGAUCCAGCUAGAAGAUGGAGAAAACGAAAGGAAUUGCUGCAAGGAAUCCGACAUUCGAAACGACAUAAAUUUGACACCAACAUAAACACUGUGCUGUAGUAAAAUGGUUUCAUCUAUUUGCACUGGCACUUUGUCUAUAGGUGCUGUUUCGAUGUUUCCUCAUUGAAAAUUAUUUAAAACAAACAAGCACAUACUGUAUUUAUCACUGAUCUAAUAAUACACUGGAUAUAGCUUCUAUACCUAUCAAAAGUGAAGCCAACUCGCAAGCGUGCAAAUUUACUUCCGGAUACCCAAAGGAGCGAUAAUUAAUAUGGCGUUAUAUGGAGAAAUGUGAUGUCGAAGCAAAUAUUUUGUAAAUAUGAGCCGUUCUCGUAACGCGAUCAUGCUUAUUUGUGCUUCUUAUGAAAGAUGAGUGUCUUAUGAUUAAUUUGUAGCAAAAUUGCUGCCUGUUACGCUUACACAUCGCUCUAGAAUUUGUUUGAAGAGUGGCAUGUUUAUGGUCCCGAGUUGUGGUUUAUGCUGUCUACGAGUUUAAUAAUGAAGAGGAGUUUUAAAUAAUAAUGAAGAGGAUUAUAAUACUAAACUGCUUCUGGAUUUUCUUCUUAUCAUGGUGAGGACAAUAUUCUACGCCGUAAGAAAUAACGGUUUAAUACUUGUUUUCAAAGAUAAAAAGAUAAUUUAAUCUGGGGAAACACCUAUAAAUCUCGUAUUCAAAAGUUAGUCAAUAUUCAAAAAAAAAUUGUUAGAUUAAUGACUUUCAAAUCUUAUUUUGAUCAUUCUGAACCAAUCUUUAAUUUAUUACAAAUACUCAAUCUACAAAAAAUUAAUGAUUAUUUAACAAGUUUAUUCAUGUUCCGAUAUUUCCAUCUACAAAAUCUACCAGAAUUAUUCACAAAUUAUUUCUUUACUAAUAAGGAAAUUCACAAUCACAACACAAGAAAUUCUUCAUUGCUACACAAAAACUCCAGCAGAACCAACUAUGCAAAACAUAGUCUUGCUAAUAAAGGUAUAGAAGUAUGGAAUAAUCUUUCUGAACAAUAUGAAAAACCAAGGUCUUAUGAUUCCUUCAAAAAAAUGAUCAAAAACUACUUCUCACAGCUAGAUUGAUAUACAACCUGUCAUAUUCCUGCAAUAAUAUACAAUAUCAAAAUUGUAUUGUAAAUAUACAUCCUAACUAUUUUUAUAUAUUAUUAAUAUAUGCUUUGCUUUGUAUUUUCUUUAAAAAAUAUUCGAACUGACAUUAUAUUAAUUAUUAUUUUUAAUUCUUAAUUCAUAAUCUAGGGGCCUAAAAUAAAAGCCAUAUGGUUUCUAGUAGGCUCCUAGCCCAUUUGUAAAUAUUAAAUAGCACUAUAUUAUCUUUUGUAAUGUUUUGGGCGAACUUAAAUAAAAAAAAAAAAGAUAAAAAGAGCAUUUGAGUUUACAACAUUGUGUGUUAAUAGUGUUAUUUUGCCUAUAAUUCCAACUCUGUAAUCUAAAAACAGUAACACUGCCACUGGAAAUGUUUCGUAAUAUGUGAUAUGUUGUUCGUUUUGUUAUUUUCUUUAUGAAUCAGUGUAUAAUUAUAACGACAUGUGGUAUAAAUAUUACAUUGUUCCCACCUUUUAAUCAAAGCCCCGUUUACACGAGCAAAUUUUAUUUGAAAAAUUUCGUAUGUCAAAGAUAUUUUGCUGGUGUAGAUGAUAAAUUUGUGACAAAUUCAUUGUGACAAAUGCAUUUGAUCAAAAGCUAGCAUGUUAGCUUUUGAUCAAAUGCAUUUGUCACAAUGAAAUUUGUCAAAUAAAUGUGCUUGUGUAAACGGGGCUUAUAUAAAAUCCAAGGACUUUUCCAGGAUUUUCAAGGACCUUAUCAAUUUUCAAGGACUUUCAAGGACCUAGGAACGGACAAAUAUUUGAAAAUUACCUAAGGCUUGCUACUAAACUCGAGGAAAGCAAGAAUGUCAUGUACUAUACUAAUUCAUUGUUCUUAAUACAGUAAACUUGUUUUGGACUAUCAUACUUAAUUUUUAUUGAAAUUGAAGAAAAUGAGUAAUUUAGGCAUCCUUCAACUAUUACCAGCCCAACUGAAAUAAAAUUCCAGGACUUGCAAGGACUGUAUCAAUUUUCAAGGACUUUCCAGGCCUGGAAUUUUUGUUCAUAUUCAAGGACUUUCCAGGAUUUUCAAGGGCGUGGGGACCCUGAUAUUAACCAUGACUGAAACAUAGCUUUAUUUUUUAGGCCUGUAAUGAAAGAAAAGACAUUGAAUAGAAUGAAAAAUCUAUAGAUGCUGUUUAGAAUUUUAUAUUAGCUUGAUAUUUAUUAGUCAUAUUCCAAAAAGGAGUGGCAGACACAGGGUCAUACCGAGCUGGAUGGGUGUGGGUAUGGCACCCCCACUUUCUGAAAAACUCUUGUUAAUUAAACAGAGAUUAUGUUGAAAAUGUGACUUGUCCAUAUAUUGAUUGAAACUGGUCAGUAAAUGGAUAAAAAUGUUGAGUUAGUCUGUAAUGUGAAAAGGCUGUACAGGAACAUCCCCCACCCAGAGUGGUCUUGGUAUGUCACUGACAUUUGGGAGGGUAAACUGGGGUGACUCCUUGUCAGUCUAAUCAGUGCUGGAGCUAGCCAUAGCAACUGGUUGUGCUGUGGUAAUAAAUGCAAACUUAAGCAGUCCAAAGACAAUAAAUUUCUAAAUACUUGAAUAAUUCAAAUUGCUAAAAAAUUGUAUAGCAAGACCAGUUGCUGUAAUGGCUUAGUAGCUCUGCACACCAUUACAUUUAUCUCUGAUAGAGUUUCAUCCAAAAAAGGUUAACAUAAAUUUUGAGGAAUGACAAUUCUGAGAAUUGAUAUGAAGCAACUGAAUGACAUGAGAAAAUCAGCAACAAAAAUUUAUCUGUCAAAUAUUUUAAUAUAUAAGUGUCUGCCACUGGUUCCAAGACAAUCUCGCAAUGCUACUGCAAGGUUCGUUUUCACCAUCUUGCAAAAUCAUACACAGACAAGUUAUCUACAAAUAGAGUUAGGAAGAAGUUAACCAAAUUAGUGUUAUUUGAACAUCAGUGAAUCCUUCACAAUAAACAUUAAAUCUAGAUUUACGCCUGUAUUCUACAAGCUCACUGAGUGCAUGUGAAACGGAAAUCGCAUUUCUGCUGAUCAAUGAUAGAAUCCUUUCUCAAUCAAUAGCAAGACUUUUAGUAAAAUAAUCAAAAACAAACUUUCAAACGAGUGCAAAUUUAUAAGUCUUGUAAUGGUGAUAAGGUGAUUGUGAUCUCCCACUCAGUGAGUAUCAGUGCGCUUUUAGAAUACAAGCCUUAGAUUUCUAUUUACUUGAAUAAUUCGACCACACUAAUAGCCAAGCAAUCAAGUUUAUUAAAUGUAAAUAUUGUACAUAAACUGCCACUGCAUAUUUAUUACUGUAAGUAAUAAUUAUAUUGAUACCUAUACUAAGUGUAACUAUAUUAGAAAUGAAAACAGUAAACAGAUAUAAUAUGCGUCGUAACUUCGGUGCCGUUAAUUGUCUAUAAGAAAAAAAGAUUCCUUAGCGCCUGUAAAAUCCAGAAGUACUUUAGUAUUAUAAUCCUUUAAACUCGUAGACAGCAUAAACCACAACUCGGGAGCAUAAACCACAACUCGGGACCAUAAACAUGCCACUCUUCAAACAAAUUCUAGAGCGAUGUGUAAGCGUAACAGGCAGCAAUUUUGCUACAAAUUAAUCAUAAGACACUCAUCUUUCAUAAGAAGCACAAAUAAGCAUGAUCGCGUUACGAAAACGGCUCAUAUUUACAAAAUAUUUGCUUCGACAUCACAUUUCUCCAUAUAACGCCAUAUUAAUUAUCGCUCCUUUGGGUAUCCGGAAGUAAAUUUGCACGCUUGCGAGUUGGCUUCACUUUUGAUAGGUAUAGAAGCUAUAUCCAGUGUAUUAUUAGAUCAGUGGUAUUUAUGGACAAAAUAAUCAAACAGAUCGAGGAACAGGUGCAUGCAUCGAGAGCGAACAAGAAACCGGAUAUGAAAUUGCACUUUAUCAACGCCCUCUGAUCACCGCCAAAUAUAACUUUUUGACGCAUUUCUGACAACACGAUCAGAGGUACAGUACAGUAAAUUAUACCAGAAUAUGCAUGCACUAUAAAACGGAAGAAAACCAGAAAAUCUUCCCAAUGAAAACAUAUCGAUUUUGACGAUAUGAUGCGGCUACAGAGCGCAAUCACGGCGGUAAUUCAAACAUCGAUAUUUCGCGUUCUGUGUCGAAAUUUAAAUGGCUGAAUACAUUUAUGAAAAGCUAAAACUGACACAGACAAAGGUACUAUACAUUGUAAACACAGCCUAUUUAGGCAGGCGCUAAGCCAGUGUAAACUAUUAUGCAAAGAUGAACACAACCUCGUACCCAGGAUCUUUCUUUGGGAAAGGAGAGACCCUUGGAACGAGGUUGAGAUGAACAAUACCGUCAUGCAUUUAAUAGUAUUUUUGCGCAAGUGAAUAAAUAUAUAACAAAUCAUACAAGUUGUCAAGUUGAUUGGUCAAAUUUCACUAUGAUAAAUUUCCCGAUAAUCACGGCCUGGCCUGGCUUCGGCGAAUAAUUGUUCAAAGCAUAAAAACCAAAGGCGCAAUAAUAAUCGCGUGUAGUUUAUACUUAUACGUGAUAUAGUUUCUCAAUAUUUUGUAUUUGCCAAGAUACUUUUGUCACAAUUGUUUCAAUAAAUCUAUUAUCUAUACGAUAAAGAAGAAGUUGUGCAGUAUAAACUGUACUAUACAUACUAUAAAUGCAAAUAGUAUAAUAAAAUUUAAAUAUUAAAUAAAAAAUAUUACUGAGAUGAUCCGGCUGUUAUCCCACAGGCUAUAUCUAUGAAAUUGCACUGGUAUACCUAUAUAACUGAUAGUAUUUUUUACCUUGAAUAUUAUAUCAUGCACAAACUUUCGUUCUCUGUUUAGAUUUGAAUUAAUAUAAUUAUACGAAAAUCUUAGAAAUAAUAUAAUUUCCAAAUCGAAAGUCCAAAGUCCAUAGUCCAAAGUUCAAACUCCAAAGUUCAUAGUCCAUAGUCCAAAGUCCAGUCCAAAGUCCAGUCCAGUGUUCACAAUAUGUCCUCUUUCGAUCGAGCUUUAAAAUACAUUUUUCUGCCAACGGGUUUAACACGGCAAGGGAUCUAUUUAAUUUUUUUCCUUAAGUCAUAUAUUAAAUUGCCAGAGUAUAGUACAAAGUAAUGCUUUUACUGCCAGAGUGCAUGCAGUUUAUUUGACGGAUAGCGAUAUAAAUAACUUUUAACGCUCGGAUUGUUCGUUCAUUUAUCUCUCUCUACUAUAUAAUAUAUAUAUAUAUAUAUAUAUAUAUAUAUAUAUAUAUAUAUAUAUAUAUAUAUAUAUAUAUAUAAAUAUAUAUAUAUAUAUAUAUAUAUAUUAUAUAGUAGAGAGUGAAAUACUGAAAAAUACACAGUGAUAUAUUUUUCAUAUCUUCACCAGUGAAAAUAUCGAUCACGUGAUUUUUGGUAUUUAUACAAUUUUUUGCUUGGACUAUAUAAUGAACAGAACAUUACACGGUGGCUUGAAGAUAUGUCUUUUAUCUUCUCGUGUUAAAAACAGUAUUUUACUCACUCGCUGCGCACGUUCGUAAAAUAUUGUUUUCACCACUCGAAGAUGAAAAGUCACAUCUUCGCGCCGCCGUGUAAUUUCCUGUAUAUAUAGUAUAUCUUUCAAAUCUACGGGCAAGCAGCUUUUUCCAACAUACGUAGUGAACAACCCAUCUAUAGCAUUGUUCCUUUUGGUCCCUUUGUUAGCAAUUCAGUAUACCCGUUGACCCGUUUUGGGCAUUUAAAAGCAAAAAAAUUAAAAAUAUUUUAAAAUAAUACAGUGGAACGUUUUCAACUAUCUAGGGGCAACGUACAAUUUCAAGAAACUGUCCAGCUGGAUGCCGAUCAGAAAUAAAAAGUGUCGAAAAAGCAAUACAAGAACAAAAUCAAGCAGUAAGUUCAUUUACUUAAGUAGUCGCACUAUAUAUAUAUAUAUAUAUAUAUAUAUAUAUAUAUAUAUAUAUAUAUAUAUAUAUAUAUAUAUAUAUAUAUAUAUAUAUAUAUAUAUAUAUAUAUAUAUAUAUAUAUAUAUAUAUAUAUAUACCGGGUGUCCCAAAAAAAGUACUCCUGUUUGAUUCGUAAUAAUUUCUAAACAAGUAAAGCUUUUAAAGAGAAAUAACUUGCAUUAAAUAGAGGAAGGACUAACUUAGAUUUUGAUAUAUUACAGUUGUAUUUCACUGAAAAAUUCACGGAGAUAUUAAUCUUUAAAAUCGGGAGCAUAUUUCUGGAUGUGUCUGAAAUAUGCAAAAAACGGCGUAUCAAAUAUUAAUCAAGAUUUGCCCGACUGAAACAUGCACUAUUACCAGUAAAUAAAUGACACUUGACAAAUCGUUUAUUAUGAAACAAAGUAUUAUUAUCUACAAAAUAAAAGCAAGAUUUAUUCGUCCGAAAUCCGCAUGUGUUCCCAGCACGAAUACGUUUCCUUAUUUCAUGAGACCACUGCAUCGCGAAGGAUCGUCAUGGAUCGUUCGUAGUUCUGAAUUAGGGCAUGCUGUCACAACGGAAUUGUGAAGCUCUUCUAACUUCUGCAACGUUCUGAAAUCUUGUUAAGAACACCCAAACUCUUUUGCCUUUUCUUAAUCUUGGCAAGUUCAGAGUAAACUGAGAAUUAUAUGAAACACAGUCAAACCAUACAACUCCAUAAGACAUAACAAUUAAGCAACUCCCCAGAGACAUGCAACAUUUUUGGAACAAAACGUAACAAAAUAGUAGUGUUGAUACGGUGAUGUGUAUUUGCAAAAAUAAAAAAAGCAAUAUUAUUUCCUUCAAUAAAGAAUAAUAUUCAACUUGCUCUAACCGAGAAAUAAUCUACUCAGUUAGUACUCUAACCGAGAAAUAAUCUACUUAAGAAUACGAAAAAUUUAAGCGCCUGCCUUCCAUGGUCAGUCUUUCGAGUACAUUUAAGUUUGUAAAGACCUAAUAUUAAAUACUUGCAUAAUUUCGAACGUUCAUAUUUCAGGAAACAAUGAGCUAAGACUUACAUGUAAGAUGUCUAAAUCUACGCCAUAUCUCUUACAAACCCUAACGAUAAUUCGCUGAAAUACAAGUUAGCCUGAUAUGUCAUUAAGCAAACAAACGCUGGAGUUAAUAUUUGAUAUGCCGAUUUUCGCUAAUUUUAGACACAUCCCAAAAUAUGCUCCCGAUUUUGAACAUUAAUAUCUCCGUGAAUUUUUAAGUUAAAUACAACUGUCAUAUAUCAAACUCUAAGUUAGUCCUUCCUCUAUUUAAUGCAAGUUAUUUCUCUUUAAAAGCUUUACUUGUUUAGAAGUUAUUACGAAUCAAACAGGAGUACUUUUUUUUGGGACACCCGGUAUAUAUAUAUAUAUAUAUAUAUAUAUAUAUAUAUAUAUAUAUAUAUAUAUAUAUAUAUGACGAAAAAUGCUAAAAUUGCAGCUAGGAUUCAUAUUUAUAUAUUAAAAGAUUAAAAGUUUCUUGUCACUAGCUAUGUAAAAAACGUAAUCACGUUUAUAAAAAAGUUUUUACAAGACGUUUCGAUCAGAAACCUCCGAUCUUCGUCAGUUGAUAUUAAAAACUAAGAAGCCAAUAAACAGGCCUCUAUUUAUACGGUUCGUUAGCUAUUAAUUUGGAUGCAUCAGUGACCCAUAAACGUCUGGAAUGUCAAUAUGGUCAUUGCCAGAACUUUUGUCCACUUGGGAAUACCAAGCCUCAAGGAACAAUCGUUUGCGAUAAUUUUUCUCUCUACUAACUAUUUCGGCGUUUUCAAAGUCCAUAUUAUGGUCAUAUUGCUCAACGUGUUGGGCUAUCUUGGAAUUCUUAUCAUUAUAUUCAACAGCUCUUUUAUGUUCUUUUAUUCUUGUUUUCAAUGCUCGGUUGGUUUGACCAUAAUAAGUAAAAUCACAAGCGGAACAUUCAAUUUUAUAAACGAUGUCCCUUGUACGGUUGGUGUCUAGUUUAUCUUUUGGCUUUGGAAAUUCUUGCUGUAAUGUGCGAGUUGGUUGGAAUGAAACACGAACUUUCUCACGUUGUAAUGUUCUUGUAAUUCUUUCUGUAACGCCCUUUAUAUAUGGUAGAACAACAUAACUAGAUGAAACUGUUGAUUUUUGCGUUGCAUUCACAUUUUCGUGCGAACUAUUUAAUUCCUUGUUUUUGUUUCGCCUCCUGUUAUCACAGCUUCUUAUGAAUUGUAAGGGGUAACCGUUAUCUCUUAGGACCUUUAGGACAUGUUUUCUCUCUCUACGUUUUCCCCGGUUUGUUGAGGGUAUUUUCUCUGCCCUAUCGAGUAAAGUAUUAACUACAGAUCGCUUGUGUUGUGGAGGGUGAUUUGACGUGUAAUCCAGGUAUUUGUCCGUAUGCGUCUUUUUACGGUAAACAUCAACCCUAAUUUGACCAUUUUGCCUAAUUGUUACAGUAUCCAAGAAUGGUAAUCUAUUAUUUUCUUCCGCUUCAAUGGUGAAUUGGAUUUGCUUGUCUAUUGAAUUUAAAUGCUGAUGAAACUCCUUACGGUUACCCCUUACAAUUCAUAAGAAGCUGUGAUAACAGGAGGCGAAACAAAAACAAGGAAUUAAAUAGUUCGCACGAAAAUGUGAAUGCAACGCAAAAAUCAACAGUUUCAUCUAGUUAUGUUGUUCUACCAUAUAUAAAGGGCGUUACAGAAAGAAUUACAAGAACAUUACAACGUGAGAAAGUUCGUGUUUCAUUCCAACCAACUCGCACAUUACAGCAAGAAUUUCCAAAGCCAAAAGAUAAAUUAGACACCAACCGUACAAGGGACAUCGUUUAUAAAAUUGAAUGUUCCGCUUGUGAUUUUACUUAUUAUGGUCAAACCAACCGAGCAUUGAAAACAAGAAUAAAAGAACAUAAAAGAGCUGUUGAAUAUAAUGAUAAGAAUUCCAAGAUAGCCCAACACGUUGAGCAAUAUGACCAUAAUAUGGACUUUGAAAACGCCGAAAUAGUUAGUAGAGAGAAAAAUUAUCGCAAACGAUUGUUCCUUGAGGCUUGGUAUUCCCAAGUGGACAAAAGUUCUGGCAAUGACCAUAUUAACAUUCCAGACGUUUAUGGGUCACUGAUGCAUCCAAAUUAAUAGCUAACGAACCGUAUAAAUAGAGGCCUGUUUAUUGGCUUCUUAGUUUUUAAUAUCAACUGACGAAGAUCGGAGGUUUCUGAUCGAAACGUCUUGUAAAAACUUUUUUAUAAACGUGAUUACGUUUUUUACAUAGCUAGUGACAAGAAACUUUUAAUCUUUUAAUAUAUAUAUAUAUAUAUAUAUAUAUAUAUAUAUAUAUAUAUAUAUAUAUAUAUAUAUAUAUAUAUAUAUAUAUAUAUAUAUAUAUAUAUAUAUAUAUAUAUAUAUAUGCUGUUGAGGCGAUCAGUAGAAUACAUGAUAACUUUUCUAAGGUUUGUAGCUGAUCUAGUUAAAAACAUUUUAUUUAAAAUAAAAACUAGUAAAAUUAAAAACUAAAUUUUCGGCUGCGAACUGCAAGCCUUAAUCAGAGUAUAUGGCAAGAGUCAUUUCACCUCUAUUUAUAAUGUUUGUCGUUCCGCUUGAUUUCAUCUGCUAAUAUAGAAUAACAAGCCGGAAAUUCAGUAUGUUCAUUAGCCGUGUUUUCGCUAAGAGUGGAAUGUAAAGCCUCUAAGAAAAUCCUUUGUUCGUAGUUCUUAACUCCCUUUUCUAAUAUUACAUACAGCGUCUGAUUUUGCAGCGUUGUGACCAGUGCAUUCAGCGUGUUCCUUUAUUGUCGAAAAAAUUUUCUUUCUAACUCCCGGUUUGUGUUCUAACCACCUUGUCGCCCAACAUCUCUUUGAUUCACCGAUAUAUGUAAAUGGACAUUCUCUGCAUUUGUAUUUGUAUACAAUAGCUUUUGUUCUGUCUUCUGACGGUCUUGGUACUUGUUCUGUCUUCUGACGGUUUUGUUCCGUCUUCUGACGGUCUUAUUGUAUACAAAUGCAGAGAAUGUCCAUUUACAUAUAUCGGUGAAUCAAAGAGAUGUUGGGCGACAAGGUGGUUAGAACACAAACCGGGAGUUAGAAAGAAAAUUUUUUCGACAAUAAAGGAACACGCUGAAUGCACUGGUCACAACGCUGCAAAAUCAGACGCUGUAAUAUUAGAAAAGGGAGUUAAGAACUACGAACAAAGGAUUUUCUUAGAGGCUUUACAUUCCACUCUUAGUGAAAACACGGCUAAUGAAAAUACUGAAUUUCCGGCUUGUUAUUCUAUGUUAGCAGAUGAAAUCAAGCGGAACGACAAACAUAAUAAAUAGAGGUGUAAUGACUCUUGCCAUAUAUUACUCUGAUGAAGGCUUGCAGUUCGCAGCCGAAAAUUUAGUUUUUAAUUUUACUAGUUUUUAUUUUAAAUAAAAUGUUUUUAACUAGAUCAGCUACAAACCUUAGAAAAGUUAUCAUAUAUAUAUAUAUAUAUAUAUAUAUAUAUAUAUAUAUAUAUAUAUAUAUAUAUAUAUAUAUAUAUAUAUAUAUAUAUAUCAGGCGACGAUGUUUAUAAGUCUCGAUAAAUAAAUUCCUGUAUGAUUGCGUGCGAGUUCGUUAGGCUACUUGCGUGAUGGUAGCCUAUAUUGCGUGCGCACGCUCAAAUUUUCCCGCCAAGAAUUGCUUCCUGUGGAAACACUUCGAGAAUAGCUCACAUCACCUGUACAACAAAUUGUUCAUGUUACAUUUCAAAAUUUCCAGUUUCUUUUGGAAGCUUAGGUUGCAACUCUUUGCGCCGCUGCAAAAGGAUGAUGCUUGUUUUCGAGCUGGCGGCGCCACUGAGUCAAUGACAGAUAAAAAUAUCCCCACAGGUUCAAUCAGGUAUGGCGUUUCUGGUUUGUGUAUUAAUAUCAUCCUGGAUGAUCUUACUAAUAUUACCUAAUUCAGUCUUUGCUGGGGUGAUAAGACGGUAUUUGGGAUUUGUUUCAAAAUUCUCCUUGUCAUCUUUUAAUGUAACAAAUGCUUCUUUUAAUGCCAUUGACUCAAUACGAUCGCUGACUGAAAGGUUAAUUGUCUGUAAUUUGUUCAAAAUUGAUUUCAUCUAUCACAUCAUUGUCAGUAAGUUUAUAAGUUUUUGUUACGUUAUCUUUCACAAUUUUAUUGUAAUCCUCUGGAGUUGUUUUAUAUACAUUUUUGGUUUUGUCCGCAAAAACAAAUACAGUUGGCGGCGUUUUUACUUUCUUCAGAUCAUUAUCCAAAUUAUUUAAAAAUUUGUCGGAAACGUUUCUGAACUGAAUAUUUUCCAUCAUGUUUACAAGAUCGUCUUCAAAAGCUUUCAUUUCAUGGAUAAAAGGUAGUGCCGUUUUAGAUUUUACCUCAAAUUUAAAUUGUUCUUUCGCGUUUGGUUCAUCCAGGUAAAAAUGCGCUUUCCAUCUCGUUCUGGUUACCACGUUUUCGAUCUUGACGAUAAGCUUUUUCUUGUAUUCAUCAAGCAAAGGUAAAGGCUAUCUUUAAAAGGGGGGACGGGGAAUCGGGGAAUGGGGGAACGGGGAAUCUGGGAAUGGGAGAAUCGCAAAUAUCCCAUAUUCCCCCUUUUAAAGAUGGAAUAUUCCUGCUCUUAAAGAUCUUUAAAAGGGGGAAUAUCGCGAAUCUGAGACUGAUUUAAUUAAUAUCCUUGACAAGUAAAGAGUAGCAGGGAGUCGGAAUCUUUAAAAGCAGUCUACGAGUUUUUAAAUUCCGGCGCGUAAAUUCUUUCAGACUACAGACUAUAUACGCAGACAGAUUAGGCUACACUGCGCGCAUUGCAAUUGAUGUUUCGCUGAGACUCCGUACGGAAACUACUAUGCUUUCCGCGUCUUUUGUCUGAAUACAGACACUGUAAUGUGACACUGAAACUUGUCAAUAUGGUUAUUACAUUAAUCUUAGCCUUGCCGCAAACACCUUUGGCUAACACAGCAUUACAGCAUCUGUUAGUAGUUUCCGUGCCAAUGUCUUGGCAGACGUUACAGUGACUAAAGAGAAAAUAACAUAAAAAUCGGGAAAAUAGUUUUAUUUUUCGACGUUGCUAUGUCAGGUCUAUUCAAUAACUUCUGAGUUCCAAGUCUUGUAACGCGACCGAAAAAAAGUCAUGGCUUACCGUCUUUUGACUGGAAUUUAUUGCAAGACCAUCAAGAGUUUAGGUCAUGGGAGUUUUGGCACAGUGCUUUUGGCAAACUAUGGAGUUAAUGCCCGUAAAGUUGUGAUCAAGAAACUCAAGGGAGAAUCUAUCGAAAGUAAACGGCGAUUCGUGUAAUUUGCAGGAUUUUUACCACUAUUUCAACGGCGAAUUCGAUUUCAACGCAUUUGCGGAUAUUUUACCGGUGUACAUUAAAGAUACCGUGGCUGCCUUGGAUUAUCUACACAUGCACAACAUUGUCCACAGGGAUUUGAAACCAUGCAAGCAAUGUGUUAGUUUCCAAUCAGCACUACUGUUAUAGCAAGGAUAAAGCAUUUGUUACUGAAAUGUACGCAAAGUGUUCGAUUGUCGGCAUGAUCGUAGACUUUUGAUUAAGAUAUUAUUAUGGGAUAUUCCCCCGUUCCCCGAUUCCCCCGUUCCCCGAUUCUUCCGUUCCCCGUUCCGCCUUUUAAAGAUAGCCCAAAGGUAAACCAAUAUUCUUCAAGGAAUAAUUAAGCCGGAUCUGAUUCAUGAAUUCUAAAUAUUUGCGUUUGCACAAAAAUAUGUAUCAAUAUUAAUAUGUAUCAAUAUUAAUAUGUAUGAAUCUCGGAAUCUUGGAAUCUUAUCAUAUAACCGCAGAAUAUGUUAUUAUCAAGAUAUUAUGAUUAUACUUAUGCAACAUAUUGUUCUGUAUGCAAUAAUUUAACACUUAGCUACAGAAACAGACCUUGGUAAUAUAUUAUCAGUAUAUACUAUAUACGUUGCAGAAUUUAAUAUCUCCAUCUUGAUGCCAAUACAUAAUAAUAUACACGCUGUGCGCGCAUCUAAAUAAUGCCGUCGGUUUAUGAGUGCGUAGCAAGAUGACCAGGCGGGAGGCAACUAAAUUACAUUAUAUAUAUAUCAUUGCAAUCAGGAAAAACUCAAUUAAUUAGAUGCACUAUAACACCUCGUAUUCCGUCAAAAAAUAUCACGUACACUUGCGAACAAUUGCGUUCAUAUAUACAUAUAUAGUCUAUAUUCAUUAAGGUUAUGUCUUAUGUCAGUAAGACAAUAAGCCCCUUUGACUCCUCCUUUACACUAGUAUAAAUCAAGUUCUAUAUUAUUGAUGAUCGAUUGCAUGUAUGUAUGGGUGCAUUGUAUGUUUGAAUUUCGCCGAAAAAGCGCUAGAUUAACGCUCUGCCGCUACAACAUUGCCAGUUGAAAAACCACGUGCUAUAUAACUCACUUACUCACAUAGCAAGACUAUGAGCCUCAUUAACCACGUACUAUAUAUAACCUUAAUUCGUUGAAUAUAGACUAUAUCAUAGUUAAUGAACACGGCCAUUGUUCGCAAGUGUGCUAUUUUUUGACGGAAUACGAGGCGUUACAGUACAUCUAAUUGAUAAUUGAGGUUUUCCUGAUUGCAAUGGUCAUAUCUUGUUACUCACUUGAUUUUAAAUCUAUUCAUAAACCGACGACAUUAUUUAGAUGCGCGCAACACGGCAACAGCGUUUAUAUUAUUAUUUAUGCAUUGGCAUCAAGAUGGAGAUAUUACAUUCUGCAACGUAUAGUAUAUACCGAUAAUGUAUUACCAAGGUCUGCUUCUGCUAACUCACCAAGUAUUAAAUCAUCGCAUGCAGAACAAUAUGUUGCAUAAGUAUAAUAAUAAUAUCUUGAUACUAACAUAUUUUGCGGUUAUAAGAUAAGAUUCCAAGAUUCCAGGAUUCCAAGAUUCCAGGAUUCCAAGAUUCCAAGAUUCCAGAUUCCAGAUUCCAUGUUUUACAGCUUACCCCAUAGGUAGCCUGUUCUCUCGGAAAAUUCCAAAACGCCUCCUGCCAACUCCAACAACGCUUAAGCGCUUAAUUAAUGAAAAUAAACAAUGUUUAGCUAUACCGGCUAAUAUGAAAUAUUUAAAUGUAGCGACCAACGGUUUUUUUAAAUUAUUUAGUCACGAGAACAGGCUACUUAUGGAACACAUCUCGCGAUAAUGGCCAAGAAUGCUCGCUGUUAUAAAUCACAUAAAUUAGAUUGAUCAGUGCUUUUUUGGUAAUGGCUAGGUUUGUUCAUGUAAGAGAACAUCGACUGAGCCUUAAAAACCCCACAAAAAGCUUAAACGGGUAGUCUAGAAGCAUUUAAAAAAGUCACGUGAUAUUUGUUUCAUCCUUUUUAUUUAUUUCUUCCCUCGCCUUUUCGCUCGCGCGCCCGCAAUCCUUGCUGUUAUUUUCGUUGGAACGUCAUGUAAUAUUUUCGUUUUGUCAAUUUAUUCGCCAUAUUUCAACAAUCUUUCGAAGCAAUGUUUCUGAGGAUACAUAAGCGCCCUGUUUGAAGCUAUUCACUGGAAAUACAAGCUCUUAUAAUUUAUACAAGUAAGUGCAAUAAUUUAAAUAUAUUACGUUAUGAUGUUUUAUUCAUAUUACGAUUUAUUAAUGUUUUAUUCAUAUUCAUAGCACAGCUCUUAGUUGGACCCCCUGUGGGCAGACAAUAUCUUCCUGCUUGCGCUGGGUAUGGAAAUUAUGAAACACGCACUCGAUUUUCAACUUAUCAUAUAACGUAGUGAACAAUAUAACACAACAUAACAUAACACUUACGAACUAGUAUGGUUCGAUGUACCCUGGAUCAGGGGGUUUCCUGUUUUGCUGAAGCUGUAGCCUGCACUCAGGCAGUGCUGGCGAAAUUGGAAAACCCCUGGGCGCGAUAUGUUGAUUGAUUGAUUUCGCCGAACCAAUCAGAUGCCUAGGGUCAGAUUUUGACCCUAGACAUCUGAUUGGUUUAUCGGGCCUUAUCGGCAAACACAAAUAAACGUUUGCUGUAUUUUUUUAAUUUUUUUUUUUAAAUUUUCGCCCAAUUACAUAACAAUAAGAAGUAGAAUUAAAUAUUUACAAAAUUAGGGCUAGGAACCUUCUAGAAACCAAAAGGCUUUUGUUUAAGGUCCCUAGGUAAUAAUUAUAUAACUAGCUAAUUUCAUAAUCUAGCAUGCAGUUCGAAUGUUGUUUUUUAAAGUCAGGAAAUAUAUUAUAAUUAAUGUACAAUACAUAACUGUAAAAUAGUAAGCUGGAGUUGUAUUACAUUUGAAAGAGAAAAAUAGGUUUUUAACAAAUAAUGAAGAACGGGAUAUAUAUUUAUAUAUAUUUACAUUUACAAACAUUUUACUGGUGAAGUGGAAAUGUUAACUUGAAGUAAUUAAAUGCAGAAAGUAUUUUUUUAUAGUUUUUUUGAAAGUACCAUAGAAUUGAAUUUUCUUAUAUUGUGUGGGAAGAUUAUUCCAAACAUCAGUUCCCUUAUUAGCAAGAGUAUGUUUUGUAUAAUUUGUUCUGUAGCAUUUUUUGUGCAAAGAUGAUGAAUUUCUAGUGUUGUGGUUAUGGAUUUCUUUAUUAGUCAUGAAAUAAUUUGUGAAGAUAUCUGGCAAAUUUUGCAGAUGGAAAUAUCUGUACAUAAAUAGACUUGUUAAGUAAUCAUUUACUUUGUAGAUAUUCAAUAAUAAUUUGUAUUCUAUUUAUACUGUUCAACAAGUGAGUGCAUUUCGUUAACAAAAAGCGAUUGUUCGUGGAUGUUUAUGAGGAGAAUUUGUUGGUUGUCGUCUCAGAUGAAGUUCAUGUUAUUCCUAAACAGUUAGAUCAAAUAGCGUCAUUGCAGACAUAUUAAUAUCACGCUCUGAUGAUGCGAUGAUUCUGUAUAUAUGUCGAGUAUAAAUUGAGCGGAAUUUUGUCGUGUGUAUGUGGUCGUGUUGUGCUGUAUAGCCUGUACUGUAUGCUGUACUGUGUAUGUUCAAUUGUUUUUCAUGUAGUUUGUUGUUUUAAAAUUGUGUAGCCCGUAUUGUGGAAUUCAUGAAUAUUUAUGAACAAAAAUUCAGUCGUGGCAAGGCAUUUGAGCUAAAUAAUUAUGUUAUAUAUUUUAUAUGUACAUAUACACAAUGUAAAGUCCUAAACAGAUAUAGAACGUUCUGUAUCAUCAAACUUGAAAGUAAUAAUUCAAUAACUGUCAUUACUUUAUAUUUCACAUGCAAGUAUUAAAUAUGUACUCGAUUGCUGCUUGUAUUUUAAUUUGUAACUUGAAACUGCUUAGAAUCUAGGCAGAUUUGCCGAUUGUCAAUUUGUCAUCAGUAUAAAUUUGGGGACACGUUGUGUCCAAAAUAGACAGCCGAUGCGCCAGUUCAUUGGAAAUCUUCCAAGAGAAUAUAUUACAUUUUCCUCUUCCGAAUACAAUUAUCAUUUAUAAACCUGGAGCGAGGGGGAUUCGGCGAAAUAUUACCCGAAGUGAUGAUAUUUCCCGAGGGGCUUUGCCCCGAGGGAAAUAUCAUCACUGAGGGUAAUAUUUCGCCGAAUCCCCCGAGCGGAGGGUCUAUAAAUUAUAUAUUAUACCGAAAAUUAAAAGCCUCCAAGUUGAGAAAUAAAAAAUUGACACAUACCUUCGUGAAUACGAUGUUAAAUUUUCGGAUUAACGCAAGUAUCGUCGCUUUUCUUUCGAAUCACAUAUCGUUUGGAAUAUUAAUGACAACAUUUUUCAAAAUUUGCUUCAAAAUUUUGAAAAAGCCCCAGGUUUUACAUCAUUUACCCAGAUUAUUCAUCACUCAUCAAUACUAUUUAUAUUUUGUCGGCCAUGUUGUUGUCAUGCGUGUUGUCUCGCGUGGUUUACGCGAAUAAUGUUCCACCCCAUGUUUCCCGGGGAACAUGGGGUGGAACAUUGUCAAAAAGAACGCAGGCUCGCUAAUUGUUGACGUAAGGCGUGAUAUCGCGAUUAAUUUCAUGCUCACGUGGCACAAACUAAGCUUCCUGAUUGGACAAUUUGAAUUUGAGGUAUAAUAUCAAUUAAUGUAACAUUGGCAAACACAACAAAAUUGGUCAGGGGAAUAUGUUUUUGUUGAAUACUUUUGAAUACGUACUGGACUACACCCUUCAGACCAGAAGUGUGAAACAUUAAUAAAUUACGUCAUGGAAAUGAAAUUCGACAUGUCGCACCCAGAGGUUUUCUCCGCCUCGUCGCCUCCAGAAAACCUCUGAACCCAGGGUAGGUUCGAUGCUGAAUUAAUAUAAACGAGUAUGUUUAUGACAUUCAGUAUAUAUUUCAUAAUUUCCAGUCUUAAAUCCGUCUGACCGUGUAGCUCAGUAGGUAGAGCGUCGAUCUAGUAAUUCAAAGAUCGCGGGUUCAAGACUCAGCCGGGGCAGACAGCAUCCUUUCUGCUUGCGCUGGGUAUGAAAAUUCUGAAAUACUGAAAAUUCUAAAAUAUUUUUUUUCGACAGUCGGAGGAGAAACUAAAUCAAACCAGAAGUGAAUUAAAAAAUGCUAUCUCAAAACUCAAAGCUGACUUAAAAAGCGAAAUCUAUCAACUUCAAAAUGAGUCGAAAAGCGAUCAUUGCAAUAGACUGAAAACAGAAAAUAAAGGCUUGAAGAACGACAUCGCCAAAUUGGAGCAAGUUAUCGCGAACUUGAAUAACACAUUGAACAAUUUGACGAGGGGAAAUGAAG